AUGCGUGAAAUUGUCCACAUUCAAGCCGGUCAAUGCGGAAAUCAAAUUGGGGCCAAGUUUUGGGAGGUUAUCUCUGAUGAACAUGGAAUUGACCCAACCGGAACUUACCACGGAGAUUCGGACCUGCAACUAGAGCGCAUCAAUGUGUACUACAAUGAAGCCACCGGUGGCAAGUAUGUCCCCCGGGCGAUCCUUGUUGAUCUGGAACCAGGCACUAUGGAUAGUGUACGAGCUGGCCCUUUCGGUCAGAUUUUCCGUCCAGAUAACUUCGUUUUUGGGCAAAGUGGUGCGGGUAACAACUGGGCCAAGGGUCACUACACUGAGGGCGCCGAACUUGUUGAUUCAGUUCUCGAUAUCGUCCGCAAGGAGGCGGAGUCUUGCGACUGCCUUCAGGGUUUUCAGAUGACACAUUCUCUCGGUGGUGGCACCGGAUCUGGAAUGGGAACCCUCCUUAUCUCCAAAAUUCGUGAGGAGUAUCCUGACAGAAUUAUGAGCACUUUCUCCAUUGUUCCAUCCCCAAAGGUCUCGGACACUGUUGUUGAACCUUACAAUGCAACCUUAUCUGUCCACCAGCUGGUAGAAAACACAGAUGAGACUUACUGUAUUGACAAUGAGGCCCUGUAUGACAUAUGUUUCCGCACCUUAAAGUUGACCACUCCAACUUAUGGUGAUUUGAAUCAUCUUGUCAGCGCGACUAUGUCAGGCGUGACCACUUGUCUGCGGUUCCCUGGCCAACUUAACGCUGAUUUGAGAAAACUAGCCGUCAAUAUGGUGCCAUUCCCACGUCUGCACUUCUUUAUUCCUGGUUUCGCCCCACUUACCAGUCGAGGCAGCCAGCAAUACAGAGCCCUCACUGUUCCCGAGUUGACUCAGCAGAUGUUUGAUGCGAAGAACAUGAUGGCCGCUUGUGACCCUCGUCAUGGCCGCUACCUCACCGUCGCCGCUAUGUUUCGCGGUCGUAUGUCCAUGAAGGAAGUUGACGAACAAAUGCUCAAUGUUCAAAACAAAAACUCCAGCUACUUCGUCGAGUGGAUCCCGAAUAACGUGAAAACUGCUGUUUGUGACAUCCCUCCACGAGGACUCAAAAUGUCCGUGACUUUCUUGGGUAACAGCACGGCUAUCCAGGAGCUGUUCAAAAGAGUGAGCGAGCAAUUUACUGCAAUGUUCCGGCGAAAGGCCUUCCUCCACUGGUACACUGGCGAAGGCAUGGACGAGAUGGAGUUUACCGAAGCAGAGUCCAACAUGAACGAUCUGGUAAGUGAAUAUCAGCAGUAUCAGGACGCCACAGCAGAGGAGGAGGGAGAAUUCGAAGAAGAGGAGGAAGGAGAAGCCGCGUAA